AUCAGGAAUAGAGGGAGUGAAAUCUCACCUGCCAUGAGUGAACGUCUUCAAAGAAUGUUUCUCCAAAAAUUGGGGCCACAACUUGGACGCCCCACACAAAGUGUCGCUGGAUGGAUAACCGCAAAAGUCCUAACCAGGCGCAACAGAGUCCUGGAGGAGAAUGCAGUGAAGCUGUGUGACAUCUCACCACAGGACACUGUGCUUGAGUUGGGUCACGGUCCUGGGGUAGGCUUGGAAGCAGCUGCAAGGCUCCUCUCUGGACCCAAAGGAAGGCUCCUGGGGAUAGACUACUCUGAGUACAUGCACCAAGUAGCCAGUGACAAAAUGCAGGAGCUCAUUGCAAGUGGAAAGGUAACCCUGUACCAUUGUGACGUGGCAUCCAUGCCCAUCUCAGAGAGCAAUGUGGAUAAGGUGUUCCACUGUAACUGCUACUAUUUCUGGCCUGAUUUGAAGAAAGGCACCUCGGAGAUCCAUCGCGUGAUGAAGCCAGGGGGUCUCAUGGUGACAACCCUCAGUCUAAACAGCUUGGAACAUAUGGCGCCUACAAACAUUUUCACUGGGGAGAGCUGGCGUCCCGACAUGUACAUGGAGGCCUUACGGGCCACUGGAUUCUCUGAUGUCAGAAUGGAAAACAGAACAAACAAGUUGUUCACCUUUCAAGUUGUAUUUGCCACUGCUUUGAAAUAAAAAUGGAAUUAUUGCAA